AUGGUGACCAUGGAAGAGGUACCACACCGGUCACCCGUGCCCCUUCAAUGGGAGCUGGCUCGACAGACAGAAAUUUUCCUCGAAGAUAGCCUAUGGCCCCAAGCAUAUAGCCUUCUCUACAAUGUCCUUGCAUCGGGCACUAUCUCAUCAACAAAGGCAGUGAUUCCACUGCCCCAGCAUCUGGCCGUCGCAGCUACCAUGCUCGUGCACCCAAAAACAACGACGCGUGCCGAGUCCGAGUAUGAAAAGGAAGCACCCAACGCAGCUUUGCGAUUUCUUCGAUUAACGAAUUCCCUUGUUGGUCCCAUGGAUGCAAAGUUCAAUCUUGCUUUCGGCUUCACCCACUUUGAAUCUUCGCGACAGGGUAGGCGACGUGGGGAAAGCCCCAUGGUCGUUGAUAAUGAUAAUCCUGAUACCAGGCCUCUGAAUACAAAAUUCAACCAAGCUUCUUCGGUAUGGAGCAGUGCAGAAGACUUUUGGCACGCCGUAGGCUGGGCAUUUAAUUGUUCAGUACUUCACCCGGCACGUUGGGAGCGCUGGCAGAUAUGGCUCCGGUUUAUGUGCAACGUACUCGAAGACGACUGGAAAGAGCGUGAAAAAAAGUACCAAGAGGCAAAACAAAACCAAAGAGAUACCUCGGUUUGGUCGGAGAGAUCUGAGCUCUCGGGGAGAUCGGAGGGGGAGGGCUCGCAGGGCGCUGAAUCGGCCAAGAAAGGAAACCGCAGAAGCAGAAGACGUAAGGCGAAGGUAGUGGAUGUGCAUGAUGACCUUGAAAUCUUUCGAGAAAGCCUUAUCUUCCGUUAUAUCGCAUCGAACACCACAGCUGGACGAGACCGCAGAAUUAUGCGGGCAAUCUUUGCCAAUGGCAAAUCAAAUCUCGGCGAGUUCAAAGAGGUAUUCCCCGAUGAGCUGAAAAUUAUUGUUCCCGAACAAGACUCGCAUAAUGCCAAGAAGAGAACAGGCGGCAUCAACAUCGACAAGGAUGACUAUGGCGACUACCUGAACAAUUCAGACGAGGAUAUAGAAGCUGACCAAAGCUCAGCCUCGGCAUCACCUCCAAACAAGGGAUCAAAUGCUAGCAAUCCACGACGCAGCAAGCGCACCCGACGAGGGACGCGAAAUGCAAUGGACGAAGCCACAGAUCCCGUCAAGAUGCCGAAAGCAAACCAAAAGCCCUCCCACGAAAGCAAUCUAUCCCCGCUAGGCGGCUACAUCUCCCUUGCUCUCCGCCAACAACUCCUCAGCAUCCUCUCCAGCGUCUCAGAGAAACUACCACGGGAUUUCAUGCCCUUAGACGACCUCUACGACAUGUUCGUAGAGAACAUCCGCGACCUCCCCCUCCCGAUCUUCCAACACUUCAUCAGCCCCUCCAACCUCCCGCACCUCCUACCCGAAGCAGACUCCACUCUCUGCGAACUCCUCCUCUUCGUCCUCCGCGAGAGCUCCGCCCCAAGCUCCGAUGAUAACUACCUUACCCAGGCCAAGCUGGAGAAAUGCUUCCUCCCCUACGCGGCGGCUACCCCGAACGUCGGGAACAAUGCCAAGGUCUCCCUUCUGCUCGAGGCGUUGAUGGUACUCCUGCAUAAGAGCAAGAUGCUCUCUGUAACCCCGUCACUGGCAGAAGCUGUCCGGUCUGGGAUUGCCCGUCGUGAGAAGGCUAGUCGUGACCGGGGCUCGGUUGAGUGGGCCUACUUGCGGGAGAGUGGGUUUAGAAUGAAGUUUAUGGUCGAGCAUAUCUUGCCAUGA